UCUAGCAAAUUGCUUUUUUUCGCUCUUUAUUAGUUUCGAUGGCUCGUUAUCGUAGAUAAUGCGUAGACCGUGGAAAUGUUCAUUUUCAAAAUGCUUGAUUUUCGGAAUAGCCUUGGUAACACUUCUCAACACUUUUGUGCUAUUUUCGUGCCGAUUUUCGGAUUCAGCAUGUCCCUUCUCAAACAAAUAUCAAGGACAAACCAGCCACCUACCUAUACCUAGUAAUGAGUAUAUAACAGACAAAAAGAGUGAAAAAACCCUCAAUGAUCAACCAUUACUAUUACAGGAUAAGAAUGGGGAGACAAAAGCACCCAUUGAAAGUAAACAACUUAAAAAUGAUGGGGAUCAGAAUAAUAAAGAAAAUAAACAAGUUGAACUAGGUACUCAUAAAGAAAUGAUAGAUAGGGCAAACUACAAGAUGGAGGAAUCUGCUGUCAAUUUUAACUCUAAAGACUAUAUUAUUGCUGGAGAAAAACGGAAUGAUGAUGCUUUCCUUAUUAUUGGCGUACCAACCAUACAUCGAACAAGAGCCUCCUACUUAACACUAACAUUAAAAGAUCUAGUAAAUGGUCUGGAUGAAUCGGAGAAGGAGGAGGUCAUUAUUGUCGUCUUAGCAGCUGACCUCGAUCCAAAUUCUGUUUUGAGCGUUUCCGAUCAAAUUAGCAAGGAUUUUCCCAGGGAGUUACAAACGGGAUUGAUUCGCGUCAUCAAGGCACCAACUUCUUUUUAUCCAAAACUURACAAGCUACCUCGUCUCUGGGGAGACAAGCCCGAAAGAAUACGCUGGCGAUCAAAGCAGUCUCUAGACUAUUCAUUCCUCAUGAAUUAUUGUAAAGAAUUGGGUCAAUACUACCUACAAAUAGAAGACGAUGUAACGACAAGUAAAGGCUACCUCAAAAAAAUCAAAGACUUCAUAAAAAAGCAUCAGGAGCGAAGGUGGUCGAUAUUAGAGUUUGGGGCGCGAGGAUUCAUUGGUAUGCUGUACCGCACUUCUGAUUUGGGUCACUUGUCGGCUUUUGUUAAGAUGUACUACUGGGUAUACCCCGUCGAUCUUCUGUUCCGUCAAUACAACGACUUCAACCUCAAUGGAAAUCCCCAGUGGCCAAGGCACAGACCACCACUCUUCCGCCAUAUUGGCACUUUCUCCUCCCUCGAUGGACAAGUGCGCAAGCUUGAAGACAUUAAAGUUGGUCGUCGUAUUUAUAAUGAUAACAAUAAUCCCGAUGCUGACGUCACUACCUCGAUACGUGAUCACGUGCGCGGAUAUAAAAUCAUGUCUGCGUAUGAUACUUAUCGUCAUGGUAUGUUCUGGGGAAAGAAUAUCAAAAAGGGAGACUACGUUCUCAUUGAAUUCCACAGACCUGUGCGGGUGAAACAAAUGAUUGUGGAGUCGGGAGGGGCUCGUGCUCCCGAGGAUUACUUUGGCGCUGCAAAAGUACUUUACAGUACGCAAAAUGGCGCAGGGGAGUGUAAAGAAUUUAUCCUUUGGAAGGAGUUUCAUGAGAUGCCGCAACUAAAGGUUCAUAGUAAAGAACCUGAAGGAACUCUUUGUCAGUGCUUGAAAAUUGAAGUAACAGGUUUACGAAGAGAUGAGGUGGGGAAACCCCGGUGGUUAGCUAUACGAGAGAUCGCUGUUUGGUCGGAAACUGUAAAAGAUGAAUGAAAAACAUUGCAUUGCUAGCUGCCCAAUAUAUGAAAAUAACUUCAAAGUAAUAUUUUAUAAAAUACAUAAGAAAUUAUUAUUUUUAAAUUCGCGCUCUCGUAUGUACGUAAAUGUUUACAUUUCAACUCUUAAUCUGUUUAAAUUAAAAAAUAUAUAUAUUGUC